AUGUUUCGCACUCGAGUAACGUCGGCAGCUUGCGCUGCUGCCCAAAAAGUUCCAGCUGCACGGAACUUCGCGACAGCUUCACCAGUGAGCUCUGCUUCUCAGAACCACAAGGUCGUGGUAGUUGGUGGUGGUGCUGCUGGUCUGUCCAUCAGCCAUCAGCUUCUCCAAUCUGGCAAAUUUACUCAGGAUGAUAUUGCUGUUGUCGACCCGGCAGCGUGGCAUCAUUAUCAGCCCGGAUGGACUCUGGUUGGCGGUGGUCUUAAAACCAAGGAGGAGCUGCGCAGACCCAUGAACAGUCUGAUUGAUCCUAAGCUCAAAUUCUACAACGACGGCGUGUCCGCGUUUUCCCCUGAAGAGAACCUUGUCACUCUCAGCAAUGGCGACAAGGUCAACUAUGAACAGCUGGUUGUGGUGCCCGGCAUUAACAUUAACUAUGGCAGUAUCGAGGGUCUGCCCGAGGCUCUGGAGUCCCCAGACUCUCUCGUCUCCACUAUCUAUGGCUAUGAUACAUGUGAUAAAGUCUUCCGCACCGUUCAAAAACUCCAGAAAGGUGUUGCUCUUUUCACACAACCUGCCGGUGUGGUGAAAUGUGCAGGCGCGCCGCAAAAGGUCAUGUGGCUCGCAUUGGACCAUUGGAAGCGAGCCGGCCUGUACGACCCCAGCAACCCUUCUACUUCCGCUAUCAACAUCAGCUUUGCUACUGCUCUCCCAGCCAUGUUUGGUGUGCCUAAGUACAGUGCUACACUCGAGGCUCUGCGGAAGGAAAGGGGCGUCGAGGGACUCUUCCAGCAUGACCUCGUCGCUAUUGAAGGCAACACAGCUACUUUUGCUCGUCCUGAUGGACAGGAGAAGGUCAAGAAGCAGUUCGAUCUGUUGCACGUUGUACCCAAGAUGGGGCCCCAUGCGUUUGUCAAGAACAGCCCUCUGGCGAACGAGGCUGGCUUUGUUGAUGUCGAUGACGGCACCAUGCGUCACAAGAAAUUCUCUAACGUCUGGGCUGCGGGUGAUGGCUCCAGUCUUCCCACAGCCAAGACGGCGGCGGCAAUUACUUCCCAAGCACCCAUCCUUGUUCGUGGUUUGCUUUCCACGAUGGAGGGCAAGGAGCCUGAGGAAGCCUAUGACGGUUAUACGUCAUGUCCUCUGUUGACUGAGUACGGCAAGGUCCUUUUGGCUGAAUUCAAGUACGGCGGACAGCCCAAGGAAACUUUCGGGAAGUUCGGUCUCGACCAAGCCACUCCUCGCCGUGCAUUCUAUCAUCUGAAGAAAGACUUCUUCCCUUGGGUGUACUACCAAGCCAUGGUCAAGGGCAAAUGGGGCGGUCCCAAGGGUUGGCUUAAAUAG